AUGGUCAAACUCACCGAAGUCGAAGAUGAGCAUUUCAAAGAAAAGCCAACGUCGACAAAGUCGGACGCUCUGUUAUUGAGUGAGGAUGAAGAUGACGAUUACACUGAUACUGAAUCCGAAAUCUCUACAGACUCAUUCGAUAACAAUCUCGACAACGAGACACUGUACGAGCGAAUUUGCGCUCUACAAGACAUUAUCCCAGCCCAAUCCAGACACAAGAUUAGCAAUGCCUUCUCAUCGCUCUCAUCCUUUGCGAAAUCAACCGUUUCUUUCGGCGGCUCUGCUCUGUGGAUUGUAAGCACAAGUGCAUUCUUGCUCGGUGUCCCAUGGGCCCUUGCAUUAGCCGAAGAGCAACAAUAUGUUCAGAUGGAAAGGGAGCAAGGGAUGAUUAAAGGAGCUAAUGAGAUGUUGACUCCCGGUGCCACAAGCGCUCUUACCGCUCCCGAUUCUGCUGCUCUGGAGGCUAAACCUGCCUUGUAA